AUGGCAACAAGGGGUAGAGACACUGUACCUAAAGACAAGAGGCCAACAUCUUCAAAGCUGCCGGCGCCGGCGGCGACCGGCCCCCGCCGGAAAACCCCAAUGGGUUCUCCGGCGCCUGCCGCAGCCUCCGGUUCAUCAUCUACCAAAUGUCCCCCAAACCGUGUUAAGCCUACGCCGGACGCUUCCAGGCCACAGCCGGGCAAGAAGCCCGUUUCCGCCACCGACACAGCUAACAAGCCGACGGUCGUCAGGAGAAGGUCGUUCGACAAGCCAACGGCACCGCCUUCCGGCGCACGUAAGCCGCGUGGCUCGUUGAGUCCGACCCCGCGGUCAUCAUUGUCGUCGUCUUCAUCUUCAUCCUCGUCUCCGGGGAGAUCUAUGCAGCAGCUGCGGGGAUCGCUGAUCCCGACUCCUCGGGUUACGGGAAGACCAGCUGCGGAUGGGAAUUCGAAAGCUCCGGUUCGGAACGCGGGUAAGCAGCACGUGGCGCGCAACGGGAUGCCUGUCAAUACGGUGAAGAGCGCUUCGAGCGGCAUAAAGAAGCCCGAGGCUCGAAGAGGCUCUUCGACAGGCAAGGAACAUGUCGGGAUCAGCCCUCGGGAGAAAGUCGAAGACAUUCCCGUUAACGAUGGCCUGGAUCAGUUAUCCGCCAUUGACGAAUCGAAACAGGAAAGGGUAGAAACAGAGAAGAUUGAGAUCGAUCAAGAAAUUGUCGAUGUUCAGCAGACUCACAACAGAGACAACAACGACAACAAGGAUGAGGAAUCGAAGAUCGAAAGUGUAGAAUCUCCCGAAGAUGUCACAAUUUCGGCUGACGACUCGCCUCUCACGUCAUCGGAUUCUAAAGAUGAAGGCAAAGAUGUUGCCGUCGAGUCGACAGCAGCUGUCGACUCUCCUCCGACAUUAUCUGAGCCUAAAGAUGACGCCAAAGACAAAGCGAUUGCAGCUGUCGACUCGACUCCGACCCUUUCCAACCCUAAAGAGGUUGCGAUCGCAGCUGUCGACGCGCCUCCCGCAUUAUCCGAGCCUAAAGAUGACGCUACUUCCACUGCCACCGGCUACACCGCAGCAGCCUCGGAACCAUCGAUCGAUUCAGAACAGCAAGACAACCUCAACAUUUCAACCGAACACGAAGAAAUCUCUCCCGACGCUCAAACACAGGCGACAAAAAAUAAACCACAAGCUGGAGACAUUACAACGAGCAAUCAGGAGGCCUCGAAAGAACAGAUGGCGCGCGAAUCAGGCACCGACAGCGCAAAAGAGGUUCAACCGAAGGAAGAAGAAGGAGAAACAACAAUGGCGUCAAAUACCGAAACAAGAACGAAAGAAGAGAAGCUGGCGGAAGCGCCAAUACCGAAAGAAGAGAAGCCCGCGGCAGCUCCGGCAAGAACGCAGCCGGCGGCGAGACAGAGUGCGGUAUCGAACGACGUGAUCGAAGAGACUGCCAGCAAGCUCCAAGAACAGAGGAAGAACAGAGUUAGAGCCCUUGCAGGAGCCUUUGAAACCGUCAUCUCCCUGCAGGAAUCCAAGCCAUGA